CAAUAAUAUACAUAUUGUUUUUGAUAAUAUAAAACAUGUUGAUAUAAAAGUGUAAAUUGUAGUUGAGAUUAUUGUUUAAACAAUUUAAUUGUUUGAUAACUGUGUAUUUAAGAAGAAAAAAAAUAUAUAAUCAUGAUUAAAAUUGCACCAAAUCCAGUGGAUUAUAAGGAAUUUCAAUUUAAACAAUCAUCACUACGUAAUGUAUCUGAUAAUAUUCAAAAUAUACCAUUUGGUUGCAAUUUAAUUGCUUCAGAUGAUAAACGAGGCCUUUUAUACAUAGGAAAUAAUAAUAAAUUGAUGGUAGUAAAAUGCCAUGAUAAUGGAACAAAUGAAAAUUGGAAACAUGAACAUCAAUUACCUCAACAAAUAGCAAGAAUAUCAUUGAGCUGUGAUAAUACAUAUAUUGGUGUAACAUUUAGUCGUUCAACAGCUCAAAUAUUUAGUGCAUCAUCAAUAACAAAAAAUAAUUUAGAAUUAUUACAUGAAAUUCAACUGUCAUCAUUUAAUCAAAAUGUAUUUGGUUAUGAUUUACGUUGGAAUCCAGUAAUACCUGGUAUGUUUUGUACAAUUGCAAGUGAUCAUUGUAUUGGUUCUUUUGCAAUUAAAGUUGAACAAAAAGCAAAAGUUGGUGUUGUUGCUAUGGAAAAUAUACAAGGUAUUGAUGCAAUGUGUGUUGCAUGGAGUCCAAAAGGUAAACAACUUGUUGUUGGUUGUAAAAAUGGUAGUAUUGUACAAUUAAAACCAGAAUUAAAAGUUGCUAGAACAAUAACAGGACCAACACCAGCAAUUGGUGAAAUUGUUGCAAUAGUAUGGAUAACAAAUUAUCAAUUUUGUGCUGCAUAUGCAAAUGUAAAUGAACGUCAAAUAAAUGUAUGUAUUGUUGAUGCACCAAAAGGUGAAACAAAAGGUAUAUAUACAGCAUAUGAUGAUAUAACUUACGGUAUGGUUGAACCAGGUGGUGAUUGGUAUCCACGUUAUUAUUUUGAAUUUGUACCAGAAUGGAAUAUUAUUAUUACUGCAAGUGGUAAUAGUAGUGAAAUUGCUAUUCUUGGAUCAUCUGAUAAAGGUGUUACUUGGGUAUCAUGGGCUUUACAAGAGGGUUCAGUUGCUCAAUUGCCAGUUCGUGCUAUUGAAAAUUUUCCAGUUGGUUUGACAAUUGACAAAUCAUCCGAAAUUUUAUUGCCAUAUAAUGAUGAUUUUUUACCACAUUCAAUGCCAAUUUUACAUAUUUUAUGUACUACUGGACAAUUACUUGGUUAUCAUAUGGUUAAUCUUUUACCAAAUACACCAUCAUUAUGUACACCACCAUCUGAGCCAUUAACAAUAACUCCACCACCGAGAAUGAGUAUUUUACCAACAGAAUUAUCAUUCAGUAUUAGUGCAGCAAGUACACCAAGAGCAAAACAAAAUUUUGAUACUGAAAAACCAAAAACUUUACCAGCUACAAAUUUAUUUGGUCAAAGUCAAAAACCAAUUACAACAAUGCCAAUAUCAAUUCAACAAAAUCAACAAGUUCAACAACCUCAACCAACUCAACAAACUAGACAAACUCAACAAAGUCUACAAUCUCAAUAUAUUCAACAAUUUCAACAACCUCAAAUUUCAACAGUACCAGCUCCAAAAAAUGAAUUAAAAAUUCCAAAUCCACGUAUGGAAAAAAUUGAAACUCAACCACCACCACCACCACCAUCAGCACCGUCUAUUGUCAAAGAAAAUCCACCAGCUGCAUCAAAAACACUGGAUAAAGCAAGUGUUGAUAAAGUAUGUCAUCGUGCAUUUGUAGAAGAAUACAAAAAUUUUGAAAAAGAAUUAAAAACAAAAAUACAUAAUUUAUCUAUUCAAUGUGGAACUGAAGAAGAAAAAAAAAUUCUUACUUCUCAGACAGCUGUUAUUGAAGCAUUUUUACGAGAAUUAAGAGAAACAACAAAUGGUCUUGUAAGUGAUGUUGCAUAUUUAAAUGGUCUUUUGUAUCAAUCAUUAGCCUGGAUUGAAGAAAUUAAAUCACGAAAUUCAGCAAGUCCAAAUGAAAAUACACGUGAUCGUCAUGAUCGUAGUAAAAUAAAAGAAUUACAACGUUCAUAUUGUCAUACACAAAAUUUACUUGUUCAAGCAAUGAAAGCACUUGAUAUGGAAUGGAUUGAAUAUCAAUCACGUGAAAAAUCAAAAUUAAAAAUUCCAAAUUUAGAAUUUAUUUAUCAAAGUUUAAAAAAACAUUCAGAAAUUAUUGCUCAUGAAAAAACUGAAAUUGAAAAUAUAAUUAAAAAAUGGAAUACAUUAAAAAGAGGUAAUGAAGUAUCAAGUUUAAAUCAAUCAAUGACAAAAUUAAAUUUAACAAAAAGUCCAAAUUUAACUGAUACAAGAUUAACUGGUGAAAUUGGAAUGAUUAAAGCUCGUUGUCAAACAAUUGCAAAUAAUACAAAAAAUUUUAAUAAUAAUAAACAAAAUAAACUACGUUCUUUAAUGAUGCAAACAAAGCCAAAAGUUAUAAAAGUCAUUAAUCCAUCACCAGUUCAAGAUAGAUUAGAAAAAGCAUUAUCAUCAUUGGCAACUUUAAGUCCACUUCCUCCCUCAUCACAACAAAAAACAAUUAAAACUUUGUCAUCUGUCUCUGAAUUAUCAAAAAUUAAUUCAACACAAGUAUUAAAUACAAAUACAAAUACAAAUACAAAUAGAAUUAAUUCUACACAUACUGUUAAAUUGACAUCUAAACCAGUCAAUAUAUCAGUUCAACCGACUUUGUCUGCUGCUGCUACUUCAGCUCAAAAAUCAAAUGUACAAAAUUCAUUAACAUCACUUGAAAAUAUGGUUCCAAAAAUUAGUACAACAGUUGAUUCACAAACAUUAAAUACUGGACGUUCAAUUGCUUCAACUAUUACUACUCUUUCACCACCAUUUGGAAAUUCUCCAAAACCAAAUCAAUCAAUGCAAUUUUCUGUUAAAAAUUUAAGUCAAUCAAGCUGUUUACCAACCAUUCAAACUCCAACAUCAACUGCAUUUUCAAAGGGAUUACCAAUAUCUUUUGGUUCUUCUGAACCACCAAAACAUCAAGAAAACUUUGGAAGCACAGUAUCCAAAGAUAUAAAUCAAAAAACUGAUUUGACAUUUGGCAUAAAAGAAUCAGGAACAAGUCAAAAUUCAUCAUCAAAUAUAUUUUCAUCUGAUAAUAUAUUUAAGACAUCUUUGCCACCAGGAAUGACAAUAAGUAAAGUUGAAGUACCAGCUCAAAGUCAACCUACUAGCAUACUUGCAACUUCAUUAUCAUCAGUAAUAAAAGAAACAACAACUCCAACAUCAAAACCAACUAUUUUUAGUUUUUCAAGUAAUUCUCAACCAGUUGCAACGUCAAAACCAAUUAUAACAAAAACUGAAACACUUCCAAGUUUUUCUUUUACUCCAAAAUCUACUGGAGAUACUUCAGUAUUUUCAUUUGCAUCAAAUUCAACACCUGUUUCAUCAUCAACUAAUCAAUCACAAUCUCAAACAUUAAAUUUAACUGGACUUUCAAUGGGGCUUACUGAUAAAUCUAUUUCUCAACCUCAGUCAACAACAAUGACAACAACAACAACAACAACUACAACAAUAUUUGGAAAAACUACUGUGUCAUCAACACCAUCAGUAUUACCAUUACAACAAACAAAAACAACAGCACCAUUGCCAAGCGGUAUUUCAAUUGAAAAAAAUCAAACCAAUAUACAAUCAGUUUCAACAGGAGCACUAGCAUCACCAGUAAUACCAUCACCAUUUGGUGAUGGAACAAGUACUGCAAAUACUCCAGUGAGUAAACCAACAAAUAUAUUUGCAACAGCAACAGCAGCAGCAGCAACAACAACAACUACAACAACUACAACAAUAACAACUGGAGCAUUAUCAUCUUCUAUUUUUGGAGGAAUAUCAUCAAAUACACCAACAACUACUUCAGUAACUUCUCCUUUUGGAGCAUCAACUACAACAGCUGUACCAGCAACUACCAAUUCAUCAAUAUUUGGAGGAUCACCAUCAUUUUCACAGUCAACAGUAUCAACGCCAGCAACUACUUCAACAAGCACAGUCUUUUCAAGUUCUAGCUUUAGUUCAAUGUUAAAUAAUUCAAUGUCUAAUAUCACUUUUGGACAACCACCAACAACAACAACAACAACAAAUGCUACAACAGGAAGCCUUAUCAAAGAUACACCGUCAAAUAUAUUUGGAGGUGCAACUCAAAAUAACGUUGCAACUGGUUCAAUUUUUGGCUCAGUGCCAGCUACACCGUCUACUGGGAUUUUUGGUGGUGCUUUGAAUACAAAUGCACCUCAAAGUAGUUCAAUAUUUGGUGGUAGUGUAUCAACACCAGCUACAAAUGUCAACACACCUCAAAGUGGUUCAAUAUUUGGUAGUAACACACCGUCACUUGCUCCAUCAGUAUUUGGUACACCUUCAAGUGUACCAACAAGUUCAAUAUUCGGUGGUGGUAGUGGUAAUAGUUUUCAAAAACCAGCAACAAAUGUUUUUGGUGGUGCUCCAGCAUUUGGCUCAGCACCAGUAAUGCAACCAUUAUCACCAGGUUCAACCUCAACAUUUGGUGGUGCUCCAGCAUUUGGUUCAAAACCAGUUUUUGGAUCACCCGUGGCAUUUGGUGCUAGUGAUAAUACAUUUGGUGGUUCGACAUUUGGUAGUUCAGCAAGUUUUGGUUCACAACCAGUACUUGGUGGUGGAUCAUCAAUGGGAAGUAGUACAUUUGAAGCGUUAGCUGGUCAAAAUAAUGGUGGACUUUCAUUUGGUAGUUUGGCACAAAAAAGUCCAGAAAAACCACCACAAUUUUCGGGUGGUACUUCAUUCUCCAGUUGGAGAUAAAUAUGUGAAUAUUUUUUUUCUCUUUUUUAUCAUAUU